UGCCUCAUCCGAUCUCGGAACUCGGAACACGCCACUAUCGCACGAUGCUUCGAUGAACCUCUUCUGCUGCUGAAACCAAGUCUUAGGUGGUGUCGUGUCAACGUGGUUUCAAGAGUGUUGUCUGAUAAUGGUGCUGUUUCCAAUCACGACCUUCCGGCCACGGGUAAUCUAACUUCAUUUGCAUGCUAUCAUGGUGUUCUUCAGAAGCAGAGAUGAAUGGAUCACAUAGGAAACGGCCACAGAGUUCUACAAAGCCACCAACGAUUGUCGUGGAACAUUGCCAAGAUGACCAAGAUUCCAAAGCGUUUGGGGACUGCCCCCGUGCCCUGUUCACCAUAGACUGUUCAGAUGAAGAGCUUGAAGACGGCGCGACAAAGUCAACCCAGAUGUUCAUAGGCGAGGACCUGAAGCGAUCGCGCUCUCGGGUCAAACUUUUCAGCUUCUCGGGCAAGUUCCGAAAUCGAGCGGCAGGUACUAGACUGACACGGCAGUCUAUGUCUGGAGCACAUUUGUCCAAUGAGGACAGGGAAUACAGCAAGGGAUCCAAGGACUUUAUCGUGGCAACCCCCGAAGAGUUUGUCAGUCGGUUCGGAGGUCGCCAUGUCAUCAACAAGAUCCUGAUAGCGAACAACGGCAUAGCAGCUGUAAAAUGCAUGCGCUCCAUUCGAAGAUGGUCUUACGAGAUGUUCAGCAACGACAAGGCCAUCCGCUUUGUUGUCAUGGUCACUCCCGAAGACCUCAACGCCAAUGCAGAGUACAUAAAGUUGGCAGACCACUGCGUGCCCGUACCUGGUGGAUCCAACAACAACAACUACGCAAACGUCGACCUCAUCCUGGACAUAGCCAAGAGAGUUGGGGCGCAGGCGGUUUGGGCCGGAUGGGGCCAUGCGUCCGAGAACCCCAAACUGCCGGAGUUGCUCAACAAGAACAAGAUUGCCUUCAUGGGUCCGCCAGACAAGGCAAUGUGGGCAUUGGGUGACAAGAUAGCUUCUUCGAUAGUUGCUCAGACUGCCAGUGUUCCAACACUUCCUUGGAGCGGGUCUGGACUUAAAGCCGACUGGAAUGAAGAGGAUAUGGCUCAGUCCAAGAAGCGACUGAAAAUCAAGCCCGAGCUCUACAAAAAGGGCUGCGUCUCUGACGUUGACGACGGUCUCGAGGCCGCUCAGCGCAUUGGCUUCCCCGUGAUGAUCAAGGCGUCGGAAGGGGGUGGCGGCAAAGGAAUCAGGAAAGCGGAGAGCGCCCCGGAGUUUCCCGCCUUGUUCCGCCAGGUGCAAGCCGAGGUACCUGGUUCGCCCAUUUUCAUCAUGAAGUUGGCCACGUGCGCUCGCCACCUGGAAGUGCAGCUCUUGGCGGAUCAAUACGGCAACGCCAUCUCUCUCUUUGGCCGCGACUGUUCCAUCCAGAGGCGUCAUCAGAAAAUCAUAGAAGAGGCACCGUGCAUAGUGGCCAAACCUCACGUGUUGGAGAACAUGGAAAAGGCAGCUGUGCGCCUUGCCAAGAUGGUGGGAUACGUGAGUGCUGGGACCGUAGAGUACCUCUACAGCGAGGAUGGCAACUUUUACUUUCUCGAGCUCAACCCUAGGCUGCAGGUGGAGCAUCCGUGCACAGAAAUGAUAGCAGACGUCAACCUUCCGGCAUGCCAACUUCAGAUUGCCAUGGGCUUGCCUCUCCACCACAUCAAGGAUAUUCGACUACUUUAUGGGGAGUCCCCUUGGGGAGACUCUGUCAUAGAUUUCGACAACCCACCUCAGCGUCCCAGGCCGCUGGGUCACGUCAUCGCGGCUCGGGUCACGUCGGAGAAUCCCGACGAGGGGUUCAAGCCCAGCGCUGGCACCGUGCAGGAACUCAACUUCCGCAGCAACCGUAACGUCUGGGGCUACUUCAGCGUCGGAGCCUCCGGCGGAUUACACGAGUUUGCAGACUCGCAGUUUGGGCACUGUUUCUCCUGGGGAGAAGACAGGGAGGAAGCUCGAGAGAACCUCGUACUUGCGUUGAAAGAACUGUCCAUCCGCGGUGACUUCCGCACGACGGUUGAGUACCUCAUAACCCUUCUGGAGACUGAAGCUUUUUUGGGAAACACCUUCGACACUGGAUGGCUGGACAAGCUCAUUGCAGAGAGAGUACAGGCUGGAAAACCAGACACGAUGCUGUCCGUAAUCUGCGGCUCUCUCCAUGUGGCUCACAGAACUAUUCGCGAGAACCUGACAAAUUUCCAGACCUGUCUCGAGAAAGGACAAAUCCUGCCAGCGACCACGCUGACAAACACACUGACGGUGGAAUUAGUUCACGAGGGCAUCAAAUAUACUGUACAGGUAUCCCAGUGCGGACCGACAACCUACUUUCUCGUGUUGAACGACUCGUGGCGCAAAGUGGAGGCUCACCGUUUGAGCGACGACCGACUGUUGCUCUCCAUCGACGGUGCUUCCUACACGACCUACAUGAAGGAGGAAGUGGAUCGUUACAGGGUUGUCAUCGGCAACCAGACCUGCGUCUUUGAGAAGGAGAAGGAUCCCACGGUUCUCAGAUCGCCAUCCACAGGAAAGCUGUUGCAGUUCCUGGUCGAAGACGGAGCGCACGUCGUCUGCGGCCAACAGUACGCCGAGAUCGAAGUGAUGAAGAUGGUGAUGACGCUCACCGUGGAAGAAUGCGGCUGCGUACAUUUCAUCCGACGCUCUGGCGCUGUUCUGGAGGCUGGCUGUGAGCUUGCAAGGCUGGAGCUUGAUGACCCUACUAGGGUUAACAAGGCUCAGCCCUUCGCCGGAACAUUUCCUCCUGCGGAGUCUGAAGGCUGCUUGGCUGGGGAGAAAUUGAAUCAGCAGUUUCUGGCAGCAAAGAAGGACCUUGAGAACGUCCUGGACGGUUAUGUCUUGCCCGACCCUUACUUUGUACCUGACACCGUGGCCUCGCUGGAGACGUUCAUGAGAACGCUCAGGGAUCCCUCCUUGCCUCUCAUGGAGCUCAAGGACAUAAUCUCAUCCAUCUCCGGCCGCAUUCAGCCGACAGUGGAGCACAGCAUUCGGCAGCUGAUGAAGAUGUACGACAAGAACAUCACCUCCGUCCUCGCACAGUUUCCGAGCCAGCAGAUUGCAAGCGUGAUAGACAGCUAUGCAGCGACGCUGCAGAAACGUGCAGACAGGGAUGUCUUCUUCAUGGCAACCCAGGGCAUCGUGCAGCUGGUGCAACGGUACCGGAAUGGCAUCCGCGGCCGGAUGAAGAAUGUGGUGCAAGAACUCCUGCGGCAGUACCUCAACGUGGAGGUGGACUUCCAGCAAGGGCAUUACGACAAGUGUGUGGCUCAACUCCGAGAGAAGCACAAGGACAACAUGUCCGCUGUUGUGGACAAAAUUUUCUCCCACCUGCAGGUUGCCAAGAAGAACAUGCUCAUCAUUAAGCUCAUUGACCACUUGUGUGGCCACGAGCCUGGCUUGACUGACGAGCUAUCUUCAAUACUCAAUGAGCUGACCACUCUGAGCAAGACCGAUAAUGCCAAGGUUGCCCUCAGAGCUAGGCAGGUGUUAAUAGCGACUCAUCAGCCUGCAUAUGAGCUACGCCACAACCAAAUGGAGUCCAUCUUCUUGUCGGCGAUUGACAUGUACGGCCACGACUUUUGCCCCGAAAACCUGCAGAAGCUGAUAAUGUCUGAGACCUCCAUAUUUGAUGUGCUGCAUGACUUCUUCUAUCACCACAACAUUGUCGUCCAGCGUGCAGCUCUUGAGGUGUAUGUGCGGCGGGCUUACGUCUCCUAUGACCUGACGUGUCUUCAACAUCUCCAACUCCCAUCGGGAAUCUGCGCAGCACAGUUUCAGUUCCUCCUCCCAAGCUCACAUCCUAACAGGCAGGCACAGCUCCCCGUCGAGCCCAGCAUCACUUCCGAGGACAGCACUGGCAGCACCUGGGAACAUGAAGCUCCCGACCUUGACUCCCAGAGACUUGGCAUCAUGGCUGCCUUUGGCUCUUUUGACCAGUUUGCCAACGAUUUUGACAGCCUCCUGGACUUCUUCUGCUGGACUCCCGCCAUGCGGAUGACGGAGUACGACGGUGCAACUACUUUCCACGGUGCAGUCGAAAAUAACCUGGAACCAAUGCACAUCCUCAACAUUGCCAUCCGUACGGAUCCUCCAGAAGAAGAUGAGCAGUACGCUGCCAAGUUGUAUACCUUCUGCCAUGAAAAGAGUACCAUCAUGAAGGAAAAGAUGAUUCGGCGGAUCACGUUCCUCAUGCUGCACAAGGUAAAUGGGAAAAGACGCUUCCCACAGUACUACACAUUCCGCUACAGAGACGACUAUAUGGAAGACAAGAUAUAUCGACACCUGGAGCCGGCCCUUGCCUUCCAGCUGGAAAUCAACCGUCUGCGCAACUAUGACCUGGACGCCAUUCCCACGUCGAACCUCAAGAUGCACCUCUACCUCGGAAAAGCCAAGGUCCCUAAAGGACAAGAAGUGACGGACUAUCGCUUUUUCAUCCGGGCCAUCAUCCGUCAUUCAGACCUCAUUACCAAGGAAGCAUCCUACGAGUACAUGCAGAACGAAGGUGAGCGUCUCCUACUCGAAGCCAUGGACGAACUCGAGGUGGCCUUUACACAUCCAGCCGCUAAACGGACAGACUGCAACCACAUUUUCCUCAACUUUGUUCCAAAGGUCACCAUGGACCCUGCAAAGAUUGCAGAGAACGUUCGUGACAUGGUGAUGCGAUAUGGACCUCGUCUGUGGAAACUUCGUGUGCUUCAAGCGGAAAUUAAAAUGACAAUCAGGGAGGGGGACAUACUCUUCUCUUCUGCUGGUGGCAUGUUCUUCACCAGGGAACCAAGACGACGUCGCUGCUUGCCCAACUUGAACGGAAAAUGCAUUCCCAUCCGGUUGUUCUUGGCCAACGAGAGUGGCUACUACCUGGACAUCAGCCUGUACAAGGAAGUAGUGGACCCUGUAACUGGCCAGAUGCAGUUUGAAGCCUGGGGUCACAAGCAGGGACCCCUGCACGGACUGCCUAUAUCUACACCGUACCUGACCAAGGACUACCUCCAGCAGAAGCGCUUCCAGGCUCAGUCCAACGGAACCACUUAUGUGUACGAUUUCCCUGACAUGUUCAGACAGGCACUUAUACGUCUGUGGGAAGAGCACCUGGAAAUGCACCCAGACGAGGACAUGCCCAGUUGCCUACUGAGCUGCGUGGAACUGGUUCUGGAUGCACAGGGACGCCUCGUGGAACAGAAGCGACUCCCAGGCGAGAAUGACGUGGGCAUGGUGGCAUGGCGCAUGACUCUCUUCACGCCAGAGUACCCCGAGGGCCGAGAUGUCAUCGUGAUUGCCAAUGACAUAACGUUUCUCCUGGGCACAUUCGGACCUCAGGAGGACCUGCUCUUCUUUAAAGCAUCGGAGAGGGCCAGGCAGAGCUCAAUUCCGCGGCUGUAUAUUUCUGCCAACAGCGGUGCACGCAUCGGGCUUGCGGAAGAAGUGAAGCACCUCUUCAACGUUGCUUGGGUUGAUCCCGAUAAUCCGGAUAAGGGCUAUAAGUACCUCUACCUCACACCGGAGAACUUCAAGAAGGUUAGCGCAGUCAACUCGGUCAACGCAGAGUUGAUAGACGACGACGGCGAGAAACGAUACAAGAUUACAAACAUUAUUGGCAAGGUAGAUGGGCUCGGAGUGGAAAACCUCAAGUACGCGGGUCUUAUCGCCGGGGAAACAUCUCAGGCGUACAAGGAGGUUAUCACGAUAAGUCUGGUGACAUGUCGAGCCAUCGGCAUUGGAGCCUACCUGGUACGUCUUGGUCAACGUGUGAUUCAGCUGGAGAACUCUCACAUCAUUUUGACUGGAGCGGGUGCUUUGAAUAAGCUUUUGGGUCGAGAAGUGUACACUUCCAACAACCAGCUGGGUGGUGUUCAGAUCAUGUACCAGAACGGAGUCUCACACGUCACAGUUCACGAUGAUCUUGAAGGGACGUACACGAUGCUCAGGUGGCUGUCUUACAUGCCAAAGCACAAAGGGGCCGAGCUACCAGUUAUCGAGCCUCUGGACCCGAUUGACCGUGACGUCGUCUAUGUGCCGACUAAAAUGCCCUACGACCCUCGGUGGAUCCUGGCUGGACGAGAGAGCCCUAACUUGCCUGGUUUCUGGGAAGAUGGAUUCUUUGAUCGUGGAUCCUUCAUGGAGAUCAUGCAGCAGUGGGCACAGACGGUGGUCUGUGGCAGAGCAAGACUCGGAGGCAUUCCGGUGGGGGUGGUUGCCGUGGAGACGCGCACCGUGGAAAUAGACGUUCCGGCUGACCCCGCUAAUCUCGAUUCCGAAGCUAAGGUGGUAUCUCAAGCGGGACAGGUGUGGUUCCCUGAUUCUGCAUACAAGACCGCUCAGGCUAUUGAGGACUUCAACAGGGAAGAACUGCCACUUAUGGUGUUUGCCAAUUGGAGAGGAUUCUCGGGAGGAAUGAAAGACAUGUACGACCAGGUGCUCAAGUUUGGGGCGUACAUCGUCGACGCCCUCCACAACUACAACCAGCCGGUCAUCGUGUACAUUCCGCCGUUCGCCGAGCUUCGUGGUGGUGCCUGGGCAGUCGUGGACGCGGCCAUCAAUCCCAGGCAGAUGGAAAUGUUUGCGGAUCCAGAGAGCAGGGGAGGUGUUCUGGAGCCAGAGGGCACAGUAGAAAUCCGUUUCCGAAAGAAGGACCUCUUAAAGACGAUGCACCGCGUGGACGCGGUGUGCCGCGACCUGGUGUCCCGCCUGGGCAUCUCCACUGACACGGAGCAGAAAGAGCAACUGCAGAAGGAGCUUUCAAAGAGGGAGCAACAGCUGCUUCCCAUGUACCACCAGGUGGCGCUCACUUUUGCAGACCUGCACGACUUGCCCGCUCGUAUGCAAGAGAAAGGUGUCAUACAGGACGUAGUACCUUGGUCCAAAUCCCGACUCCAGCUCUACUGGAGACUGCGUCGUCGUCUGCUCAUCGACCGCAUGAAGAAAACAAUUCUGUCCCUUCGGCCAAACCUUGGUGACGGGGAGAUGGAGAACAUGUUCAAGCGCUGGUUCGUCGAAUCUUUGGGCGCUGUCAAGCAAUACCUCUGGGAAAACGAUGAGGCCGUUGUCCGCUGGCUUCAAGAGCAACUUCACACAGAGUCCACACAGAGGUCGCUCGUGCUCGAGAACAUAGAGUGUCUUCGUCGGGACGCAACCAUCUCUCAGUUCAAAAGCUUGCUCCAGUCAAACCCUGAAGUGGUGAUGGAUGCUGCGGUGUACGUCAUUCAGCAACUCUCGACGCAGCAGCGAUCGGACAUUCUCGGCACGAUAAAAACGCUCGACGCGCAGAUGAGUGACUCUCCUUCUGCGGAGGACACACCACCAGCCCUGGUGGAGUCAUCAACUUCCUGACUCGUGAGAGACCUCCGGGAAAGUUUUCUACUGCAGGGGUUGUUGUUCGCGGUCAUCGUAUGGCUCCUGUGGCAAUAGUCAUUCCACAAGUCGUUGAAAACUGGAAGCAUUUUUAAAAUACAAACUUUUUGACAAUUGUGUUGAGAGCAGUCUGCACUCUGUUGACAAGGACAACUGUUGGUGAUCGAGAGUAUGGUAGAAUUGUUGAAUUUGCUGUUGGUGUUCACAUCACUAAUGCUUAGAUUGGUAACGAGAAUUUACAGACAUGUUUAUGGCCGAAACCUUUGGAAGAAUGUGGUGUGAGAGACUAUCCUGCAUUGCUUAUGUGGACGUUUAAGGACUAUUUAGAUGAUUAACUAAAUGUGUGCUAUUUUGCUGAAAAGCUUCGUAAGAAAUGUUGAAUCUAAUGCGUGUAUAUCUUGUGGAUGCCUUUAUCUGACGGACUAUAAACGUUUAAAAAAAUCGCUGAGUAAAAUUGUAGAGUGAGGUAGGUUUUGCAUGUGAUGCCAUUGACACUAACUUUUAAAUUGGUAACAAAGGCAAAAAAAUGUUUUGAAAGAAAGUUUCAUCUAACAUUUUACGUGACAAACAAGUGUGUGGGGGCUCUCAGUGUCUAGAGCAGACGGACCAAAUUAUUAUAUAUUGCUCGUGAAAGAAAUUGUUUGUAAGCGUUAAUGCUCACCUUUAUUUCAGGUGUCGCGCCUUCAUUUUGACACAUUGUUGUAAAUACACACGUGAGCUUAAUACAUUCCACGAUGGAAAAUAAAUAUGGAAAACAGA